ACUGGUCCGGCUUCGCAUUCCCGACGUCGCUCCCUCAGUCGCUCGCAGCUCUCCGUCCGCACCGCUGCGAUGAUACGCAAGUGGCUUCGAGAAAACCCGAACAAGUGAGAUUUUCAUGUUGAUAUCUUAUUAGUAAGACGGGCGUGGAGCAUGUCGAGGAAGUACAGUUGAUGGGCCGGCUUCUUCAAUGGAUAUUUCUCCCAAGGUAUCCAGCGCUCACCGUGAAAUUAGCGGCGGAGGAAGAACGCCUUCAGAGGAGCACUGGAGCCAAUCAGCCGUGGCGAUUCUAAGAUAAAACAAGCCUUAUGAUAAAGCAAAACUCUGAGCCGGAGGUGGGAUCAUCGCACCUCAAUGCACCCGUGGCAGCCGGGGUUGAAGGUUAGCCUCAGCUGAGGUUCCUGCAGAUUAUUGGCCAGCAGGAAAACCUGGGCUGCCUGCAGGCCCAUUGAACUAUCAUGCUAGCCUGUAUCCAGAGACAGCAGAACUUCUCAUCACAGCAUUUGGCGUGCACACCCAAAGGCUUCGAUGUUUCGCCCUCGUCCCUAUUGCUCCCAGUGCCACCACUGCAAGCAUGCACCCGGAAAGGAGAGCCCAGCUCCAUGAUUUCUCGGUACCCGUCACCUGCAGAGUUGGAUGCUUUUGCCCAGAAAACCGCCAACAGCCCACUUUCCAUCAAAAUCUUUCCGUCCGAUGUACGAGUGCCACAACAUAAGCAGCUAAACAAAACUGUGAAUGGCUUGGACACCACCGGUCAACGUUACAGCCCCUACUACCACCCAAACUCAGGAGGCUACCAGGGCUUACUGGCCAUCAUCAAAGCCUCUGUGGUGGUCAAAGGUGUUCUGAAAAGCUCUGAGGGCAGGAGGACUAAACAUAUGAACUCUCAAACUUCUAUGGCACCGUAUAAUAAUCCUCUGAAUAAUAGCUGCACAGUGAGACAUGGGCAUGAGGCCUAUAACACAAGUUCAUGUAACCCCCCCGAUGUACCCAUUGAAGCGCUUUGUUCUACUGCAGGAAUGGCCUCCAGAGAUCAGAGCCUGGCCCCCCAGCCGGAGCUGGCAGAGGUUCAAAGCCUGAUGAGGCAGAUGAGCAGAGUUCCCCACAGCCAGGCCCCACAGUUGGGGGGAGAGGCUCAAGCCAGCCCCUCGCUGCAGGCCGUGGCUGCAGUGGCACAUUCAGAAUCAGACUUUGUCUUUGGAGUGCCGCCCCAGAGCAGUCGGGCCUUUGCAGGAGCAGUGCUACCUGCACAGAGUGCAGACACAGCCAAAACUGGAUACUUAGAGAGGGGAGACUACACGGUGUGGCAGCACAAAGCUCAAAUGCAGCCCUAUCAGCAGGAAACAGUGAGGAUGUACGGUGUGAGCAACGGCACUCAGAGCUGCAGAACAGCAGAGGCUGGGGUUGGUUCUCCUGAAACCUGCCUCCCUUUACCAUGCUCCUCACAGCUGCCAUACAGGCAGCACCUUGGAAAUGUUGGAGCCACCGUGCAGAAAGAGCGGACUGUCAAACAGUACUUUGCUCCUGUCUGGGACAACCCAAGCAGCGACAGUUAUUCCUCUCAGGUGUUGGGAACAAAUACGUGUACAUCCAGGCCUAGACAUGUGGGUGUCUCUCAUCCUCAUCUCCACCUAAACUGCCAUCAACCAAACCAGCCCCUGCUCCAUCCACCUGUCCCCCCCAAUCAUCCUAAUCAACACCAUCUUCAUCAUCAUAUCCAGGCUUACAGCACAGAGCAAAACCUUUCCUGUGGGCUGCCCACUUUUAGCCUGUGCCACGCUGCAGUACUCAGCAGCAGCCUACAGUCUCUGGAGUGCCUCAUCAGUGAGAUUCAGCCUCCCUGCAUCAAAGAGCGCAUGCUGGGCCACGGGUACGAAGACAUGGGGGCGAUCCCUCCACUACUGGAGCACCAACAGCACAUGCAGCUCCCCGUCUACAGAUAAGUUGAUGCUCUGGGACAGACAAGUUCGAAGACUCAUGAAAUACACAUGCCUUUUUAGUUUGUGCAUGUAUUUGUAGAAGGCUGUGCAUUAUACACUUGGAAUAAGGGGGUAAAUAAUAAUCAGGACUCAAAAUGCAGGUUAACGCUACAGACUCUCAGUUUUGACUGCUGUUGUUGAUUUAACACUAAAGAUGAGCCCUUGAUCAUGCUGUGAUUUUAUCAGUAAUCGUAUUUUUUGUAUUUGCUGUUAUCGGCCUUCAAAAUAAUGGAAAUGGAUCAAAAAAGUUGUAUGUUUUUACCUAAGAUGGUUUCUUGUUAGAGUUGGACAACUGCUAAACCUUUGGGAAUUCCUCGCUUUGUUUAUCCUGACUUUAAACCCACUGAAGUCACAACAAACCUUUUUCAAUUUGAGGCAACUCACAAAGCUUUUAUGGGGAAUUAUUGCUUUUAAAGAUGGUUUAUUUUGGUUUGAUCAAGUUUUGUCAUUUAAGAUUUAAAAUCAUUUAUUGUUUCGAUUCUCAGCUCUGUGUAUCAGGAUUGUUGCAUCAUUCAAAUCAAUACUGUUGCAUUCAGGCCAAGCAAGAUGCACCCUUUGGGGGUAUUUUUUUUACAUUUUAAAACUGUUGAAAGAUUUUUUUCUUUCUCUUAAAGAUUGAGUGACUUUCCCAUAUUGAAUAGCUGUGUUUGAGAGUAGGCUGCCUGAAUCAUUUACUGUUUUCUUCUUUGCAGGGCUAUAUUAUCUCUAACGGUUUAAAACGUAUGAGUGUGUAGUACAUAUGUCUGCAAUGGUUCUGUGAUAUUAUUUAUUUCUGUCAACUUGGUGGGUUAUAUGGCAAACUGUCUCUAUAAUUAUAAAGUGCAAUUAUUAUAUAUGGACAUGUGAAUUAUCUCCAUAAAUUAUGUUUAUGAAAUAACUACUUUUUGAAAUGUAUGACCCUAAUCAAAUGCCCUUUUUGUCUCUUCUUAAUAAGGAUUGUCAAGUAAAUAAAUUUUUUUAAAACCCUA